AUGAAUAAGAACAACCGCAAACAGGUGGAUCAAUCUCUUGAUGCCGUGCUUGGGGUGGAUCCCAGUGCGUUCGCAUACGAUGAAGUGUAUGACGACAUGCAGGCCACUAAGGCAAAGGCCAUGGGCGAGAAAACGAAGGACAGGAAAGCCGCCAAAGCCAAG